GUGUCUCUCCACGCCACGGCGAUUCGGCGAACGGCGGCUCACGCGGCCUCACCCCACUCGUCGUCUUCCCCCUCCUUCCCGCCGUCGUGGAGAGGAGGUCCCCGCGGCUGGCGCCCGCCGCUUCCUGACGGUUCGGCCCUCCAGCUUCGCCGUGAGUUCACCUCGGGUUCGGAGGGAGCAGGGCCGGCUGCCGCGAUGUUCUCCAGGAUCUCCCAGCUAGGGGCGCGGCUCCUGCGCGAGGCCAAGGCCGAGACGAGAGCUGGAAACUUGCUCAGCAGUCGAGGCAGUUUGUAUCAAGGUCAUGUCAGCCAGCAUUUGACUCCAGUUGUAACUCCUACUGUACAAUCAUCGAGGAACGUCCUCUUUUCAACUGCAACAAGUGGUGAUAAGGAUGAAAGCAGUCAGGAGAAGGAGAAAAUUUCUGUAACAUUUGUCAACAAGGAUGGCUCAGAAAAGACGAUCAGUGUGCCCAUUGGAAUGUCCAUGUUAGAAGCUGCUCACGAAAAUGACAUAGAGCUUGAAGGAGCAUGUGAAGGCUCACUUGCUUGUUCUACUUGCCAUGUAAUAGUUAUGGAUGUAAAUGAUUAUAAUAAGUUAGAAGACCCAACAGAUGAAGAAAAUGAUAUGCUUGACCUUGCAUUUGGGCUCACAGAAACAUCGCGGCUUGGCUGCCAAGUGAUCGCGAAGCCGGAGCUUGAUGGCAUGCGGCUGGCGUUACCUGCAGCCACAAGGAACUUUGCGGUGGACGGCUAUGUACCAAAACCACACUGAAGAGGCUGUCAUCUACGGGGACACGGAUUCUUACAGCAGAGUCAAUUUUGUAGCCUACAAUCUGUAACUUGAUGAUAGCUUUGGACUUUCUUGUUGAGUGAGGAUUCGUUCGUGGACGAGCUCCUUGGUUACUUGCAGAGACCAGUGUUUCAUCUGGUCGAAUAAACAUCUCCGUUCUGUAUGAGCGUACUCGAAAACUUGUGCAUCAUAUUAUUUCCCAA